AUGAAAUUUGAAGAAUGCCUACAGCUGUUAGGAGAAAAAUUUCCACAUGUUGAUCCAAAACGGAUUGAAGACAAAACAAAGUUGUAUUUGAUUCGCAAGGCAGAAACAUGCCAUUCGGAAGAGGAAGAAAAUUUCCAAAUAGAUGAUAAGUCGGUGGAGGAAUUGAUCAGGAUUUUUUAUGCAGAGGGUGGGGAAAGAAAAGACCAUGUGGGAUCCCCCCCAGAUAAGAUGCACAUGGAAGAUGCUGCCCAUAGCAGAGAGGGCGAUAAAAAAGAGCAGCAUAAUUCUUCGAGGCAUAAUGCAGAAAGUUCACCAUCGAGAUUGGAAGUAGGCGUGAAAAAGGAUCAGUCAAUCGAUGUAGCACAUGAAAGACCGCACCCCAGUAAGGUAGGACUCGCGGGAAAGGACAAAAAUGCUGCAAAAGAUUCAACACGCUCAGACCGAGCCCGUGACCCAGGAAUUCUACACAUUGAUAAGGUUAGCGGUAGAGGAAAGGAUAAGUUUGUGAGGGAAACCCCUGAAGGAAGUAGCAAUGAGCUAAAGAAAACAGGAACAGACGGAAAGAAGAGGGCGGAGAACGGCUCGGGGGUUGAUACCACGCGGGGAGCAGGCAGUAUCACAAAUAGUCAGAAAGAUGGGAGGGGGAACAAUAAUAAAAAGGGGGCAUCAAAUAAGGAGAACAAUGGGGCAUCAAAUAAGGAGAACAAUGGGGCAGCAAAUGAGGAGAACAAUUGGAAGCAACGUUGUAACUCCAAGGGAGCCUCAAAUAGCCGCACGGUCGAAGCGGAAAAGAGAGAAGAUGCCUUAACGAACGAAGCACAGAAAGAGAAGAUCGCUGGGAUGUGUGCGGCGGAAAAUAGUGGUGGUGCGGGAGACCUCUUCAUGGGCGAGGCCGAAGGAGUAGGGAAGAACAUUUCCGAAAAGGUCAACGCAUUGGAAACACCCAACUCGGCCGACGCGCCGAGCACCACGCUGUUCGAAGUCCUCUUCCGAAAGUCCCUCCUAGAAAACGAUAACAUAAAACGGAACAUAUCAUCGAAAAACUUCUACAUAAUAGGAGAAGACAUGCUAAUCAACAUCACAAUCAUCCUGGACCGACUCAUAUCGGAGCUGAUUAGUCAUUAUAGAGUAAAAAAAGUGGUCCCAAGCGAACAGGAACAGCAUUUCGAAAAUUUUUUCAAUGUUCUAUACAAAUUAUUGAGCAAUAUAAGUUACAAUUCCAAGGAGGAAAAAUAUAAAAUUAUAAAAUUCAGUAACAGUCAAAUUAAAACGUCUUUUUUAACAAAUUUUGAAAUUUUUAAUUUAACAAAAUUGUUAUUUGAGAUAUUAAAUUUUAAUACGAGUAGUUACGGGGUGGGUAUUUCCCUUCCGAGUGAAGACCCCAAUGCAAGGCCCGAACAAAUGGGAGAAGAUAUUAUCGCAUCAUCACCUUACUAUGUAGAUAUGAUCUGGAAAUUUGAAGAUCCCUUUACCGACAAAGAGUCCAUACUGUUCGAAUUUGUCCUGACUUCGAUCAAUAUAAUCAUGAUUAUGAUAAAUAAGAAAGUCCCACGCAUCCGAAUGAGUAACGAAAAAAUAUUUCCAUCGGAUGGAAAAGUAAAAAUAGAACAGAGAGUAUCACAAGAAAGUGAAAUUUCGAAAAAGUCCUUUGAAGACCCGAAGAAGUAUCUGGAAAAAUUAUCAAAUAAUAUUUCCCCCAUAAAUAACAAACUGCUAAUUAUUCAUCAGAAGAAUAAACAAGAGCAGCAGGCCUUGAGUGACAUUCGUAAAUUGCACAAUGAGAAAUAUGCGGUACAUAAAAAUUAUGCAAACGGCACUGUUUCAUCAUCUGGAAAAAACUCACAUGGCGCAUCCAGCCGGAAUAACACAUCUACAGUGGGAAGGAUGUGCAGUUUAAAUGGGAAAAAAAAAAAUUAUUCUGCGGAUAAUUGUUAUUGUACUGACAAUGAAUUGGGGGAUAAAAAUAGCAUAAAGAAAAGCACCAAAAAGAUAAAGCAUUUCUUCAAAAAUCUAUUUAAAAAAGGGUGA